AGCUGUUUCAUGUAGUGUUAAUUAAUACUAAUCACAUCAGACGACAGUUUGGAGCAGACUUCGUAACAAUGGCGCGCCUUUUCAGACGACAGCGCUGGGUGUUAAUCUUGGUUGUUUUCAUGUAUUUUCUAAGUAUUUGUGUGUUUUUAUAUUACGUGGAGGAAUCUGAGCAAAUCAUGAAGUCAUUGGCUGUACAGCCAAGAGAUGUCGGCGCAAACGUAAGCUUACCCAGAGUAACACUAUGUAUAGAGAACAUUCCACUGGACGUUACACCAACUGUGAUGUCUAGCCUGAAGAGCACGUCAAAACUGAGACGAAGACAGACUAUAAGAAACGUCUCAAUCAGCAGGACGUUAUCAAGCGAGAUCCUUCAGGCCGACAACGUAGAACGCAUUGAUUGGAACGAUUAUGAACUGAUAGGCAGAGAAUCUCUGAGACAAGGUCCAGGAGAACACGGGAGGGGAUUCACGGACAAGCUGAACGCUAGCCAACUUGAAAUCAUGAAUGCCCUAAAAGAAAGAUACAAAUACAACGCCUACGCUAGCGAUCAUAUUUCUUUGGAAAGAAGUUUGAACGAUACCAGGACAGAGGUGUGCAAGAAGAAACUGUUCCUUAAAAACUUACCAGAAAAUUCUGUCAGUUUUGUGACGAUAUUCAACAACGAAAGAAACUCUACUUUGCUGAGGACUAUCCAUGGUAUAGUCAACAGAUCGCCAAAAAAACUUUUGCGUGAAAUUGUUGUGGUGGAUGAUUUUAGCACCAACGAAGAACUGAAAGCACCACUUGAAGAAUAUAUUGCCCAACAUUUUACAAACGUCAGAAUUGUACGAAAUAAACAACGGGAAGGAUUAAUACGAAGUCGAAUUAUAGGUGCCAACCAAACCACUGGAAGUUUUCUGGUUUUCCUCGAUGCUCAUGUGGAAGUAAAUGUCAACUUUUUACCGCCUCUCAUUGAGCCGAUGGUAUUGGAUUAUAGAACCAUAGUUUGUCCAAUGGUAGACAACACAUUAGAUGAAACUUUAGAAGUUCGUGGGCUUAUCUACAGAGAACGAGGGGCUUUUGAUUGGACCUUAAUUUACCACAGAUUUCCGGUUCACCAAGAAGAUGAAUCCGAACCGCAUCCUGUCAUCACAAUGAUAGGGUGUGCUAUUGCCAUCUCACGCAGGUGGUGGGAAGAGAUCGGUAUGUUUGACCCUGGGCUUGAAAUCUGGGGAGGGGAACAAUUUGAAAUCGCUUUCAAGUCCUGGAUGUGUGGAGGGAAGGUGGUGGAUGCUCCAUGUUCGCGUGUGGCUCAUCUUUUCCGAAGUCUCCCGUACUUAGACACUCUUGUAGAAGGCCAAAGAGAUCAAAGAAAUCUUCUGCGUGUGGCAUCAGUCUGGAUGGAUGAAUACAAGGAAUAUUUCUUCCAAAGAAGACCAUCCUUAAGAACUAUGGACCCUGGAGAUCUGACUCAACAAUUUGAACUACGCAAAAGACUCAAUUGCAAAUCAUUUGAUUGGUUCAUGAAGGAGGUAGCGCCAGAUAUCCCCAAAUACUUCCCUCUUGUAGAGCCGCCCCUGAAAGCAUGGGGUAAAAUCAAAAGUAAUCAUAACCAAUCACUUUGCAUGUCAACGGUGCCAGGUGCUGUUUAUUUGGUUGCGUGUGCGCAGAAGGUUAGCGAAUACAGAAAUGAUUGGCGCUUACAAAUCCGAGAACACUACGAUCGAUGCUUCACUCAUCCCAGCAAAGAUUUUGUUCUCCUCUGGAAUUGUUUCCUCGAGGAAGAAAAACCCACCCAGUCCUUUUUGUGGGACAGAUCUUCAGGGCGUAUCAUCAACAUCAACUCAAAAUUGUGUCUCGACUAUAGACUAGAUACACUUCAGGUCUUUGCAUCACCUUGCAAUGCAUCGUCUUCUUCUCAGUCCUGGACUUUCGCAGCAUUCAAUGCCACUUUAGUAGACUUGACUUGGGAGCAACAUAAACAUUUAGUGAAAUAAACAAUGCCUAGGAGAUUAGAAAGUUUUAUAAAUAGUUUUACCGUCACCUUAUAUAGUCUGUUGGACGGGGGCAACACAAGUGAUCAGCUCAUUCCUCUCUCCUUUUGUCUCAAUCUGUCUACCUUCUAAUUUGAAUGUCUUCUCAGCGUUUCUGAAACCUCCCACUCUUCAUGUUUCUAUUGUCCUUUUUCAGUGAGAUAUUUGCAAGUAAUAUGGUUCUUGUCACUUGGCUGGAGUGCUUGAGAUAACGUUUGAGCAUUGGUCAAGUCUUCUUAAGGCCGCAUAGUGGCCCAUGGACCUUUCCUGCCAGAGCAUUCUAUAUAUAGCAUCUCUCAUUAACAUUUUCUCUCUAUGACUUUGGACUUUUCUUUCCAACUGUUUGAAUAACUUUCAUGAGAUAAAUUGCCAGUUUAAUUAGUUGACGAACUAUAAGCUUGUAACACGUAUUAUGACUGUAGUAACAAGUAACAAGAUUGACUCUGUUUGACACUGAAAGAAAAGCAAUGUUAUUUUUUUAGGCUUUUUUGUUUCAUUAUUAGAGAUUAUCUCAUGCCUACUUGUGAAUCUACACAUUUGAGCCUUAUAAGUUGGCAUGUAUUACAAUUCAUUGUAUCCCAAAUUGUGUUCCGCGGAACCCUAACAUUCCGCAAGGACUGAAUAGGUGUUCCACAAAAUACUGGAAUUAUUAUCUAGUAGGCCACCACUUGAAUUAGUCUCUAAAAAAAAAAAUCAAAGUUUUCCGCUAAAUACUCAGAAAAUGCGAAUUGUUCCGUUAAAUAAAAGUUUGAGAAACACUGUAUUUACAUGGUACCCUGCAUCUCGAGUCUCAGGUGAAGAUUUUAAGACAUGAUUGUUUUUCGCAUUGAUGUUCAACCUACGGCCCGCGAGUCAUAUCAAUUCCGUGACGCUGUACUAUCCGGCCCACAAAAGAUUCUGCCCACAAAACACGAUAAUGCAGGCGAGGCUCAAUUCUGAGUAGGUUUCAUUGAAUUCAAGAUUUGAUUUUGAUCAGUAAGUCAGUAAGACUUGUGACUAGCGUGUCAGAUUUCUUUGGACUGGGCAUAACGGGUUGAUCGCAUUAAGCUCAGCCAAGGUCAAGUCAGGGGCGGAUUGUUAUGGAGUGUUUGUGCUUGUGCUUGUGAUGGUGACGUUGAGAGGAGGUUGGCGCUUGGUUGGUAGCUAUGUAGUGUGGGUGAUGCAAGAUAAGCGGCAUUGUCGUCCACUGUCUUAGGUAGAGGAGAAGACUCCAGAAUGCCAGAGUGAAAAGACGUGGUUUUGUAGUGAGUUAGAUUUUGAUCAUUUAUAAAUGUGUCUAUUUUUUAAUUAUAUAUAU